AUGCUUGUGAGAGUGCUCCCCAGGGGAGAGUAUGGCAAGUUUGUCAUCAAUAGACAUCUCGGACGGAUCGAGUCAGCUCCCGAGCCCAUGCUUCUCUACAUGAAAGCACAGCUACACGCAUAUACGUCUUCGGCGUUCCCGGACCCUCUCACUGAACGGACUGGCACUGAAGAGGCAUUACAAUGGCUAAAAUCUGGUAUAUGUCAACCCUGGUCUCCCCUUCACAGUGGACCGGUCAGAGUACUACUCAAGAUCGCGCAGCUCACUGCACAGCAUGAGUAUUAUCCGACUGAUCUCAAAGUCAUGAAAACAGAUCGCUGGGACGUGAGCUUGACCGAAGGUAUACAGCAUGAAAUGUUCAGGCCCGUUGUGGAACAGAUUUUGUCGAUUUCGGCAGAGCUCCAAUCCUUUGCACUCGUUGAUGUCGAUUUUGGUGUACUGCCGCCCGCAGGCGACCAUCACCUGCAUGAUCGGGCCAGGCUUCGCAGACAGGUCUAUGAGCGCUCUUGCGAUAACAGCACAGAUAUACCAAAGGCCUUCGACUGCAAGUACCUGUCGCGCGAUGCCCCGGCAUCUUCUGACCAGCGUCACUUGCAAGUUCUGGAGAUUGUCAACUUUCUCCGGACUUGGCCACAAAGGGCAACGACGACGCAGUGCCUAGCACAGCAACUUUCUCAAAACAUUCUGAUCGGUGGCUUUCAAAAAAGCUGCGAGAAGAACUCAUUGAACGACCGCCUAGGAAUUGACAUUGCGGCAAACUGGGGCUCCUUAGUCAAGUCUUGCCGGGAACAACAAAUCCCCUUCUUGUUGAUGUUCAUGCUGGCACCCAUGUCGUACGGCUCGAAAACUGACUUGAGCCUCGUCAAGACCCUAGCGGCUUUUGCAGUUUACGAGGAACUGAAAGCUAUCGAGCUACCUGCUUGGGUCGAAUAUCGGGACUUCCAGCCCAGUCAAGUCCCUCAGCUAGACAACCUCAUCCAAGCAAUUGGACCGUUCAAAACUCCAGCCCCCAAGAAUGAUAGCGACGAACCCAAAAGCUUUGCCAGUGCCAAACAGCUUCGACGGAUGAGAGACGAGAAAGCAGCCUGGGAUCUCAAGGCCGACAAUGAUUGCAUGUUCUUGGCAAAGUUCUUACUUGCGCAGUGGCCUUGCAUCGAGCCGGGCGUUGCAGACAUACCCAAGCCUUUGCUGGUCGACAUCGAAGCUGCUUUGGGUGCGGUCCGAGUGGAAUGGAAGCGCCUCUACCAAAACAGGGACCUGUGUGCACACUUGAGUACUGUUCAGUCUAUUCUGGAUCAGCACCGAACUGAGACAGACUACGAGGCACCGUGCUUCAUUGCAUCGGAGGAGAGCUUCGGAGACCGGCUACGUGGUGGUGAGAUCCCUUCGCUGAGGCCUGACUUGUUGAGAAAGACAAUUCCGAAUCUUCACAACGGUGGAACGACCAACUUAAAAGAAGCUAUCAAGGUCAAGAUCACUGACCCUAGGGCCGGCCGGCUUGUCGAAUCCUUCCGCCAUCCGGCUCACAUUCGCCAACCAAUCAAGGUCUCAUCCUCAAUAAUGCGAAGUUCUGGGACCAACGUUCUAGCACCGAGCUGGAUUUCCGCGAAGACGACGCUGCUUCCUUCCACCGGGGCCAAUGCCGAACUGAGGAAGAUUGUGUCGAACCUGGCCAACUCGAAGUCGCUGGUCCGCCAGAGAUAUGCGGAGGACCUGGAGAAGAGUCUGGACGCUUUUGUCGCCAGGCAUGCCUCUAAGCACACCAAAGAUGAUACGUCACCAGAUUUUGUUUCCCGAGAAGUUUCUUUGUCGAUUCUUUCGACCCAACGACGCUACAAGGCCAUUGCUCUUGCUCUAGAGAAACCCGACGAGGAUCUCUCUGCUGAAUGCGUGCAUUGGCUCAAGGCCGGUCAGCUUUGGCCUGCGAUCACUACGGUGACCUUGUUGGAACAGCUCCGGUCAACAGCCACGCCCGUUCAGUUCGGUAACUCAGUGUUCGAGGCAUUGCUGGACUUUGGCAUCUCGAUCACAGACGCUCAGCGAGAUCUCCGUAUCAACCAUGCUACUAUGCGUGGCGAUGCUGGAAGAUACGCAGACGAGAUGGCAAACAAGGGCCACUUGAACUGGCAGCCAUCCGAGCAUCCCGAUUGGUUACUUCUCGAAAUCGAAGCAAACUUGAUGAUUCGACCUGAUCAGGUUGACGUCGCCUUGGCUACAAUAUCUCCGGCUUCCGGUUGCAAUUCUGUUUUGCAGAUGAACAUGGGGCAAGCCGGGGUCAUGGUAUGCCAACCGGAGCACAACCUGUCUUUCAUGUUAAGUGGUCUGCAGCGGAUGGUGGACAACAGGAUGCCGGAAGCUGGGCCAAUGAUCAACGUCCAGUCGUGGCUACGCACUCGAUGCCGGGACAUUUUGAACGAGUCGGAUUACACAUUGGCUGUCAGAACGCAGCUCAUCUAUCCUUCCGGCUCACAGAUGACUGUCGAUGGGCAUCCUCAUCGUUGGCAAGUGGCGCAAGACCUCUUACGACUCGUUGACAGACAUCUGUACGCCCUCGCUCACCAGUUUCCGAACUCGAUCGAAGUCAUUCGACGAUCGGGGGGAGGCUUCCCAUUGCUCUUCUUCUUACGAACGGACGUCGAGGAGGCUCUUGUCAAGCUCCUUACUUCAGAUGUGCUACGAGGUGAUGCCGGGAUCCUACAGUUGCAGAACCUUGACGGCGCCGACCGACUUGCUGUCAGGGAGUUUUUAUUCAAUGAAAGACCCCGGGAUGGAACCCUUCAGCGUAUCCGUCAUCUAUGCCCGGACCGGCCCAGCGUCAAGCAGACCAUUUACCUACUACGGGGUAUCUUGGUUAACCGCAUCUUGAUGAUGACUCUGAAGAAGAGAUGGAACGUUCAGUAUGGGCUACAUCCCCUACGAGACCCCAUUGCGGUGCCUUACCACGCCAAAGGCGUCCCAAGUGAGCAGUCUGAGUGGGGACACCCAGAUGUCGCCAUCUUGUUCACAUGUCUGGCAUUCUACUACGACGGCAUCAGUAUCGCCCAACUGACCCAAUCCCUUGAGCAUCUUCUCAAGUCCGAUGAUCCAACAUCUGAAUAUGAUAAGUGGACUCAAAGCAGUGCAAGAUUCCCUGAGCACCUCAAAGCCUGGAACUCGAUCAAUGUUGACGAUGGUCAGCAACUUGGUGAGAUAUGGAAAGCUCUACGGUACAAUAUUACAGCUAUUGAUUACUUCGUGAACAACUUCGUUUUUCCUCAGCAUGCGAAGCAGUUCAAGGUCAAGCUUCAGUCAAAUGGCUGGGAUAUCCCUCUCUUCUCAGUUCACGAAACCGAUCAGUCAACACAAGCAAAGCCAGCAGGACAGAGACUUGCAGCUUCGUCAUCCGCCAUGACAACCGGGUUCAGUGGCACGAACGAUAAUCGUACAAUGCUUCCGCUCACCAUCAUGCAAGACGACCUUCCUGGACUUUCACACACCAAUGCAGAAGUUCUCACAUACCUAUUGCACGACCGGUCUCGAGAGUGCCACAGGGUUAUCGGAACCCGUGGGGCGCGUGCAUCCGAGCCCGAUCUAUUGAGAGAGCUUCAUCGUCGUGGCAUGAGAAUUUUGAUUGAUGCUGGCGCCCAGAUCCUAGAGAUGGACAACGAGACCCUGGCAAAGCAGUGGUUAAUGGUCGACGAGAAAGCUGCCGCGGCUCUGUUCUUUGACCAGAGCAACAAGCCAUGGAUCAUCCAGCGAAGUGGCAGAAAGACGCCGCUCCUCGCCUCCCCAUACGCCGAUGACCUCAGCAAAUGCUUGGUAUACUUGGAUGAGUUCAAGGGCAUCGACUUCUGUCGCCGAAUGCAGGCUGCUAUUGACAAUCCGGACUUUGUCAAAGAUAAGCACCAGCGGGAGGCCUAUCUUGGGACGAUCAAGCAAGACGAGCAACACAGCCUUCAGAAGCUCUACGAGCCGAAACGAAAAAUCAAGGGAACUGGAGAAUUCCAGGCUGGGCCAGACACGAAGAUCAGGGCCUUUGUUAAGGAACUGAAUAAGAGACGCAAGGCAUUCCAAGACACAGGUCGGGCUGUGCAUGCAUCCGCUCUCCAAGAAGUUGAACAAGAACGCGAGGUGGCCUUCGAGGUUGAGACAGUUCGCCAAGUCAAGAAGCCGCAUCAUUAUACAGCCUUGUCUUUCCCUGGACUGCACCCAGAAGUCGAGUCCUUCGCCAAGACAGGAAGAAUACCCGCUGGCGCCCAUACCUUUGUCCCAGCCAUCAAGUCUUUGUCCAAGACUGCGAUAGGCAAGAAGUUCAAGGUCUCGGACCGGUCCUCGCGUUCCAAUCUCUACGUUACUACGGAAUUUGAGCGAACAGUCAAGCUCAGCUUCGACCUGACGAGCGAUAAUUUUCUGAUUGAGCUUGGAAUUUAUGGAGGUCGGCUGUAUUUUGAAUGGGCCGAGUACGACCAGCUCUGCGAGUUCCUUGGCAUCGAUCAGUCACUGCCGCUAUUGAGGUAUCUCGAUCAGGAGGGGUCAGACAGCGACUCUGCCGAUACACAGAGCGGCGAAAAGCACAAGGUGUAUGUGGCGCCUAACGGUCUUACUGCGCGGCCCCUGUCUUUCGUGCAGGAGUGGCUCGCUGCGCGCCGCCGCGGUCAAGACUUCACGUCGACCCCAAUGGGUUUCAUUGCGCAGGGCAAGACUCUUCAGGAUGACCACCCGUUCUUCCGCCAAGUCGUCAUCGAAAAUCAAGAGAAGCUAUUUGCUCCUAUCCAAAGCAAAGAGGAUGACGAAGACGACAACGGCGAUUAUCACAUUGACGUGUUUGCUGUGGAUGGCAUGGGUGCCAAUGAAGAGGAUGAUAGCGAUGCACACGAGGACGAGAUUGAGUACAACGAUUCGGAGAUUGGAAGUGAAGUUGAGGAGGAUUGA